GCCAGCGGUUGUAUCAGCGAAGAAACAAGCACCACAGAGAGGGAGAGGGGGUCUUCUUGGAGAGACGUGUGAGCAUAGCCAGGAAAGAUAGAGAGAGCUUGAGAGGAUAGAGAGAGAAAUGGCAAGGCAAGGUGUAGCCUCCAUGUUCGCCAUGGCAUUGCUCCUCGGGGUCUUUGCCUCCGUCCCCCAAAGUGUUGAGGCCAUCGGGGUGUGCUACGGCAUGAGCGCCAAUAACCUGCCGGCGGCGAGCACCGUCGUCGGCCUGUACAAGUCGAACGGCAUCAACUCGAUGCGGCUGUACGCGCCGGACCAGGGGGCGCUCCAGUCCGUGGGGGGCACGGGCAUCAGCGUCAUCGUGGGCGCGCCCAACGACGUGCUGUCCAACCUCGCCGCCAGCCCCGCCGCGGCCGCCUCCUGGGUCCGCAACAACAUCCAGGCCUACCCAACCGUCUCCUUCCGCUACGUCUCUGUCGGCAACGAGGUGGCCGGCGGCGCGACGCAGAACCUGGCCCCGGCCAUGGAGAACGUCCACUCCGCGCUGGCCGCGGCGGGGCUGGGCCACAUCAAGGUGACCACGUCGGUGUCGCAGGCGAUCCUCGGCGUGUUCAGCCCGCCCUCCGCCGCCGAGUUCACCGGCGAGGCGCAGGCGUUCAUGGGCCCCGUCCUGCAGUUCCUGGCGCGCACCGGCGCCCCGCUCAUGGCCAACAUCUACCCCUACUUGGCCUAUGCCUACAGCCCGGGUGCCAUAGACAAGAACUACGCGCUUUUCACCGCGUCGGGCACCGUCGUGCAGGACGGAGCCUACGGAUACCAGAACCUCUUCGACACGACCGUCGACGCCUUCUACUUUGCGAUGGCCAGGCACGGCGGGUCCGGCGUGCCGGUGGUGGUCUCGGAGACCGGGUGGCCGUCCGGCGGCGGCAUGGAUGCGACGCCGGCGAACGCUAGGAUAUACAACCAGAACCUGAUCAACCACGUCAGGCGCGGCACGCCGAGGCACCCGGGCGCCAUCGAGACGUACGUCUUCUCCAUGUUCAACGAGAACCAGAAGGAGAGCGGCGUGGAGCAGAACUGGGGGCUCUUCUACCCAAACAUGCAGCACGUCUACCCCAUCAGCUUCAACUGAGCCAAGCUGCCUGGCUCUACCCGUACGUACGUCCGUAAGUACGUAUAUGUGUACGUGUAUGUAGAUUACGUAUUGUACGUGGCUUUCUUAUGCGACCGCUGGGAGUAGCAAAUGCUACUCUCAGAUGCGUACGCCGUGAGGUUUAUGUAUACGAUGUGGUGUAGUCACCGUGGAAGGGGAGACGCGUACGUAUAUACCGUAGGUAAAUACGGUACAGAAUUGAUCUCCCUUCGUACCUAGUAUAGAGAGGUCGAUUGGAACAGAUACAGAUGUACGUACGUACCUAGGAGGUAUCGUGUACGCACAUCAAUUGUAGCAUAUGUACAUUAGGCACCGUAUAAAUUAAUAUAUGGUCUGAGAUAUUCCUCA